CGGGCUCGGCGCCGGGAUGGAGCCGCGGGCGCUGCGGCGGCUCUGGCUGCUCUGCUGCUGCUGCUGCUGCUGCUGCUGGGGCCGCGGCGCGAGCUCCGGCGCCACCUUCCCCCGGAUCUGGCCGCGGAGCCGCGAGCGACAGGCAGCCGCCUUCCGGGAAAGUCUUAAUAGACAUCGAUACUUGAAUUCUUUAUUUCCUAGUGAAAAUUCCACUGCCAUCUAUGGAAUAAAUCAGUUUUCUUAUUUGUUUCCUGAUGAGUUUAAAGCUGUUUAUUUAAGAAGCAAACCUUCCAGGUUUCCCAGAUACCCAGCAGAAGCACAAACGUCCAUCUCCAAUGUGUCUUUGCCGUUAAGAUUUGACUGGAGGGACAAGCACGUUGUGACGCAAGUGAGAAACCAGCAGGCGUGUGGAGGAUGCUGGGCCUUCAGCGUGGUGGGCGCAGUGGAAUCUGUAUAUGCAAUAAAAGGGAAGCCUUUGGAAGAUCUAAGUGUGCAGCAGGUCAUUGAUUGUUCAUAUAAUAAUUACGGCUGCAAUGGAGGGUCUGUUCUCGAUGCUUUGAACUGGUUAAAUAAGACGCAAGUAAAACUGGUGCAAGACUCAGAAUACCCAUUUAAAGCACAAAACGGCCUGUGCCAUUACUUUUCUGAUUCACAUUCUGGAUUUUCAAUCAAAGGUUAUUCUGCACAUGACUUCAGUGACCACGAAGACGAAAUGGCAAAAGCACUAAUUACCUUUGGCCCUUUGGUAGUGAUAGUAGAUGCAGUGAGCUGGCAAGAUUAUCUGGGAGGCAUAAUACAACAUCAUUGCUCUAGCGGAGAAGCAAAUCAUGCAGUUCUCAUAACUGGCUUUGAUAAAACAGGAAGUACCCCAUACUGGAUUGUGCGGAACUCAUGGGGAAUUUCGUGGGGAGUAGAUGGCUAUGCCCAUGUUAAAAUGGGAGGUAAUAUUUGCGGUAUUGCGGAUUCCGUUUCUGCUGUAUUUGUGUGAUACGUUGAGCAGAUCAAGAGACAACUACAAAAAGGCAGAUUCAUCAUGAAAUGUAGCGUGGUACUUCAUUCUUACCAUCAUUUACCUUUAGGCUUUAGCAGCCACCCACAAAAGGUUCUAGGAUCUAGUAGUAUUUAAACUACACUGUAGAAUGUUCCCUUCUUCUGGAGAGAUGGACAACCAAAGUCAGUAGGAAGAACACCAGCACCUGGCCUGGGAAGAAAACUGUGGAAGUUUCCCACUCUGGGAUGAAGGUCGGAUUAGGACAUAUUUUAGGUCUCUUCAACUUGAAGAGGCUAUUAUCUGG